AUGCUAUCCUUUGGAGGUAGCUCCCAAGCACCCGCGCCAAAAUCCGGAAGAACCGAGUCCUACAACCUGCUAUCCUUCGAUGGAGGAGGUGUCCGAGGUAUUUCGAGCGUGGUGAUACUCAAGAAACUGAUGGACCGCAUACAGGAGGUUGAGAAUGAGAGGGCUGUCUUACUGGGCAAGCAAAUCAACGAAGAAGAACGAAAGCCAGUUGACUAUUUCGACCUUGCCGCAGGAACAAGUACUGGGGGCUUGAUUGCACUGAUGUUGUUCCGUCUGGACAUGAGAUGCAGUGAUGUGAUUGCCGCGUAUCAGAAUCUAGCUAAGAAAGUCUUCAGCCCAAAACUCGGACCAAUACCUCUACACCAAUAUGGGUACGUGGGCAAGAUUGUUGGCGACGUUUGGCUUGGGCUCAAGGCUUUCUCUGGACGGUCUCAAUUCUCGCAUAAGCCACUAGAAAACGCCAUUGACAAAGUUGUCGCUACGUUUCCGCUCGAUGAUGAAGACAGAGAAUUGAAAGGAAACGCUUCGCUUCUCAAAGGGAGUCGAGGACAAAUGUUCAUGUGUGCAACCCUGGCAGACAAAGGAGAAUCGAUACUCCUGCGCAAUUAUGCACCUCCAUUCCCGCCUCUCCCGGUCUCUGCAGGAGCCCAAGACCUGAACCUAAACACAAUCACCAUCAAGGAAGCCGCACGCGCCACUUCGGCUGCUCCGACCUAUUUGAAAGAAGUCGACAUCCAGGGUCUUAAGUUCUGGGACGGUGGACUCCUCAACAACAAUCCUAUCACCCAAGUCUGGGAUAACCGGGGCGAUUUGGUGUCUGGAGAAGCCCCAAAUCCGUCAGUCAAAUGCAUCGUGAGUCUCGGUACGACACAUCCCGAGCACGAGAGGAAGAAGCGUCCUGGCACAGGAGUUUCGAGGUUCUUCAACACGGUUUCCAAGACCGUUGCAUUCGUGACCAAUACAGAGGCGAAACAUCGUGACUUUGAUCGAAACAUGCGACAACACAACAGGCGCAGGCCAAACGAUUCUACGGCUUACUUUCGCUUUGAUGCGCCGACUGGUACCAAACAGAUUGAUCUGGGAGAUUAUCUGCGGAUGCCCAAACUUGUGGAAUACACCGACGUGUAUUUGAGAAGGUUGGAGGUUGAUAAAGUGAUCACCGAGUGUGCCGAAAUACUCGCAAAGGAGACUUAA